GUUGCAAGCGAAGCUUCAUGUUCAAGAAGGAUCCGGCUCCGAAGGCUUCGGCCAAUAUUAAAUCGUCCGAGAGACGGAAGUUGUAUACUGAGAUAUGCAACAUAUACAACAUGCCCCAAGAAAACAUUCCCAAAGAGCUUUCCCUCCUGAUUUUGCCUCUAAUUGUUAAGCAAGCCACCUUCAAAAGCAUUCAAAACUACCUGGGAACCAUAUAUUUCGACGAGAACGAAACCCCACUUUAUUUCAAGUCUAGAAACUCACAGCUAUAUCCUAGUCUUUUCACUUUAUGGAAGGCUCCUUACAUUUUACCUGUUGUGGUGACCAACUCAUACGUUAUUGGUGUUCUAGCUAAUGGUGCUGACUUAAUGUUACCUGGUUGUGGGGUACCAUUUGAUCAUAGAAUAGCAAGUGGAACUGUUGUCGGAGUUGCAGGAAGCGAUGCGCCUUCUGUAAUCAAAGCUGUUGGUAUUGCGAAGAUGGAUUUAAGGAAUAUCUCCAAAACUGUAGGUACCUCGGGUGUGGCAGUCGAGGUUUUACAUCACAUAGACGAUAAGUUGUUUGAACAAGAAGAAGAAAUGGUCGAGGAAGAUGAGAAAGAGCAUCAAAAACAAGAACAGGAACAACCUCAAGAAGAAUUCAAAGAAGUAAACGAUGUAUCCCAAGAGCUAGAAGAGUUGCAUGUACAAGAUAUAGACAACUUCUUUGUAAGGGCACUUCUACAAUCCAUCAAACUCGAUACCAUACAACUUCCAAUUAACGCUUCCAAUUUCAUGGCUAGCCAUGUUCUCAAGAACUUACCUAUUCUUGAUUCCAAGUACAAAAACAUUAAGAAGACUAGCUGGAAGAAAACUGGAAAGUUUUUGAAGGCCAUGAGCAAAUUAAAUUAUAUUCUGGUGAAAGGAAAGGAUGACGAUUUGACUAUAACCAGCACUAUUCCUAAGUCGGACAAAACCAUAGAGGAGUUCAUCACCCACAAAAUAGAGAAAUUGAAGAAGCAAGAUUCAGGAAAAGAUGAUAAACUGUCAAUCAACUUGAUCCAAUUGUACCAGCCAACCAACAAAUACAGAAUGUUCUUCAACAAGGUUGGAAAGGAGUAUGACGACUUGUACACAGCGCCCGAAAUCAAGGCAUUGAUUUCUGAUUACAUCAAAAAGGAGAACUUAAUCGACAGUAAUCCGCAAAAUAUCAAACUUGAUGGCAUUCUUGGUGAUAUUAUACCUGGAGGCUCUGUUUCCCGAAGCGAGCUUGUGGUCAAAUUCUUGAAGUACUUUUCUAUGAGGUACAUUGUUGUGCAACCUGGAGAAGAUCCAAAUGAAUGCAAGGUUCAAAAGGGAGACUUACCAAAAAUAGACAUUGUCUGUGAAACAAAGAUUGGAAGAAAAACCAUUACAAGGGUGAAGAACUUCAUCCCUUUUGGCAUUAAACCUAAUGUAAUUUCAGAAGACUUGAGAAAUUUAUGUCAAGGGUCCAGUACUCUAGAAGACACAAGAGAGGGCAUAGAGGCUAUAGUUCAAGGUCCACACUACAAGAGUAUUCACGAGUAUUUGAUUGGCAAGGGGGUACCUGCUGGUUGUAUUACCUACGAAGAUAAAUCUAAAAAGAAGAAAAGACGUUAGCCUUAUUUAUAAUACACAAGAAUUAAAAAUGAUUUAGUAAAUGUACAAAAAUGUCAUUAUCACGUUACAAUUUCAAUGAUCUUAUUCGAGUUUCCGGCAGUCACAAAAGCACUCCUAGUUUCGGGAUUGACGUUGAACUUCUGUGCUGGAAUGGAGCCAGGAUAAACGUUCGAAUUUUUACACUGGCUCACAUUCAAGUAAGAUAAUAAAGAGUUGGAACUCAAUAAGGAAUCUAUUCCGGCUCUGGUAACACGGAUACACCCUUUAAGUGUCAAACUGGUAAGGGAGUGUAAACUCAAGGAGACCGUCAACAAUGAAGAAUCACUAACAGCACUUCCACAGAAGCUUAAGUCCAAGGAUUUAAGGUUCUGACACCCUAUGCAUAACACUUCGAUCGAGAUAUCUGUUAACAGGCAACAAAAGUUUAGAUUCAAGUUCUCCAAGUUAGGAAGAGAAUUAGCAAUUGAAAUAAUUGAUUUGUCCGUCAAAAAAGUACAAUCUUUCAAAGAUAAAGUAGUCAACUUUGGGAAAUAUUUAUAUGUCCAAUAUUCAAACCCUUUAUCGGUAAUGGUUGUGCAUCGUGUUAGGUCAAGUGCAGUCAAUCUAUCAUUACAGUACUCUCCAAUAUGGUACAUGACUCUGUCAGUAAGAUGCUUACAGUAUCCCAAGUUGAUCUUGGUUAAUUUUUUGCAUCCGAUGCCUUCGUAAUCAUCGAAGUCGUUAUCAUAAUGCACUUCCUCCGGGGUUUGGCUUGGGACUUUUUCGGUCCAUCCGAUCAACCUUUCCACAACAUUAUCUCUAACUUUUCGACAGUUGGAAAGAUCGAUUUCUUCGAGAUUCUUACCAACACUUGGCACUGUCAAGUCCAUAAUGGCCAUAGCACCAAUUUCCCAAUUGGAAGACAUUUUGAUAGACCGGAUUUUUCCAGAAAUUCCAAUCUCGUUCACCAUAUAACUGAAGCCUUCGUCAGUUAUAUGGAAACAGUUGGAGAUAUUGAUCAGCUUUGGUCUAGACCCAACAAACUUAACAAUCUCCAUCAACGACUUAUCAUCUACCGAUGUGUUCCACGGGGUUAGAUCGAGGGUUUGGAAAAGGGUGGGAGAAAGAUACAACAACUGU